AUCACCAGGUUAUCCACCAAGAGGAAGGUCAAGGUCACCUGGCUAUCCUCCAAGAGGCAGAUCUCCAGGUUAUCCCCCAAGAGGUCGCUCACGAUCACCACACAGAGGGCCUUCACCGAGAGGAAUCACUCCUGGAUACCCACGUGGUAGAUCACCAGAUGGUGGAUAUGACCCAAGAGUAAUAUCAUAUCAAAGAUCAGGUUCACCAGGAUAUCCCCCUAGAGGAAGAUCACCUAACAGAGGAUAUGCCCGAAGAGGAAGGUCACCUGACAUAGGAUAUCCACCAAGAGGAAGGUCACCUGAAAGGGGAUAUCCACCCAGAAGAAGGUCACCAGACCCUAGACCAAGAGGAUACCCCCCUAGAGAUUUUUCACCUGGCUAUCGAGAUAGAAUGGAAACGCCUGAAGGAGGGUAUGAUUUAGAAAUUAGGUCACGAUCACCAGGUUAUCCACCAAGGGAACGCCCUAUUGAAAGAGGUGGGUCACUAUCCCAUUCUAGAACAAGGUCAAGAUCACCCCCUAGGCCUCCCUUUGAAGACUCCAGACGCCCACGUUAUGACAGUCCAAAAGAAGACCAUACAAAUAGGCAAAGGUCUCGAUCUCCCCACAGGCGCUCAUAUCGCUCUUCAAGUUCAUCAAGUGAUAGUUCAGAUAGUAGUACAACUUUAAUGGAUGGCGAUCACUUUUUGAAACUUGACAAAUCAAAGAAGCUGUCUAAGGCAGAACAGAAAAAUUUAGAGAAUUUGAAACGAGCAAUUGCCAAAAGAAGCCAGGAAGAGAUGGAGCCUCCAAAGAAAUUAAAACCUCCGAAACCAGUUGCUUUUAAAUUAAACACUAAACUCGCUGACAAAAAACAAUUGAUUAAUAAAAACAAGAAAGAUGACGUUCUGCAUAAACUUGAUAUGGGUGAUUCAGAUAGUGAUGAUGAUGUAUUGGCACCACCCUCUGUGAAUCCUCAGAACAUUCGACAACUUUCUUCUUCACAGGCAGAUACAUCUAUUCCUAAAUCAAGCCAGGCUCCCCUGACAAGUCAACCUAAUCCCCAAUCAAGUCAUACCAAGGUUGAACCCCCAGCCCCAAAGGUGACCACUGAUGAUUGGCAGUUGGAUCCCAUUCCUGGUCUUGGCGAUGAAAAAUCAAAGCUUUCAAAGUUUGAUUUAAUGGAUACAGAUGCCCUACUAGAAAGAGCGAAGGUAGCCCAACAGCUUGCUAUGAUUCAGAAGAUGAAAGAUAAUGAACUUAAACCUAACCCAGACCCAGCUAAGGCCAUGACUGGAUUUUUAUCAGGACUGUCUAAUUCCUCUAUUGCCAACGAGACAGAUGCUGCAAUUGCAAUGGAUGUAUCCAAACAACUAUCGGACGCACUUUUGAAAUACAGACUAGAGAAUGUAACAGAACUUCAUGCUGGCCUAACAAGUGGCCUCCCAACAAAUCAGCCUAUCUACCAGACCCCUUUUGCAAAUGAGUCUAGACCGGCCACCUCAAUCCCUGCCUCUAUAUCAGUUCCAGACGAUAUUUUAUCCAAGGCUAAGCUAGCAGUUGCUAAUAUAUUUGGAAGUAAUCCCCUAAGUCUCCCGCCACAACCAGGACCAGCUGGAUAUGAGAUUGAUGGAGGGCCACAUGGUGAUGUUGAUAUCAGAAAGCCUGACACAGAUAUCAGACCAUAUGAUCCAUUCUUAGAUAAUUCUCAGUCAUCAGGCAACUACGGUGGUACAGAGAUACGUAUGGUUACAAGUUCAGCAAAUGAUAGAUAUGGUGCCCCAUGUAGUAAUUAUAAUGCUCCAGUGAACUAUAGUUCCUCUCUGCCAAGUGGCAAUUAUACGCAACAGCGCCAGGCACCUUACAAUCGUAUAGUUGGACAGCAGGUUGGUCAAAGACCAUUGCAGUCAUCGGGUGUGUUUGUGACUCCAGGUCCAGCACCUACCAGUGCAUAUACGGAGCAAAGUCCUCAGUUGCCCCCAUCCAACAGAAAUCGAGAGAAUGCAAUGACUGAUAACUCUGGAUCAUCACAUAGAUCUCCCCAAGCGAAUCUGGCUACUGAUGAUGAUACACUAGGCAUGGCGCCUGACCAAUACCAGGAGGCAUUAGACCAGUUGAAGGAGACGCUGGCUGCUCAGGGUCAAACUGGAUUUAGUCAAGAGGAUUUGAAAGGAGCCCUUAAGGCAGCAAUGCAUCUAAAAAAUAGUGAAGCUUCAGAAUCUAAUGAAAAAUCAGGAGGUCGACAAAGUCAAUCAGUAAAUCAAAUGAGAGAUGGUAAAAUGAAUACUCCAAUACAGCCACCUCAGAAGAACACUAAAAAAGAGACAGUUAUUGCCCGAAACCCUAGCCCUCCUCCAUAUGGCAUUAACAAUCCUAGUUUUGCUGCACCACGACCACAAAGGCCAGUGUUGAUGCCAGUACAACAACAACCUGUGCAGUUAGUUCCAGUUGUUCAACAAUUUGCACCUACUAAUCCUAUGAUGCAAAUCAGACCUCUUAUCCCCCAUAUCCCCCAGCCCAGACCUCUGGGAUAUAAUCCCAUGAUGAGAGGGCCAUAUCCAAGAUGAACAAUGUUAACUUGAUGUACUUGUUCAAUAGGACCUAGGCGACAUAUAAAUAGUUACCCAAGAUGCUUACAUCACAUUUCUGUUUUUCACUUCCGUUAGAAUUGCACUGUAUUUCUGUAUUGUUCAUUACCAAGUGAACUUACUUUUAAUCCGUUUAAUACCAGAUCAUUUAACAUCGUUGUCCAUGACCGUGAUAGGAGAUAUAAAAGAUCUGAGAAGUCAUUGUAUUUAUUACGAGAUAUUGAAACAUGGUUAAAUAAAGUUCAUGGACAAUCCCAAACAUAUUUUGAAUUAAAGGCCCCGUAUAAAGUUUUAAAUAUAGUUUAAUCUUUCAAAUAUCACUUUUCAUAACAUGAAAAACCAUUGGAGACGUUUUUUUGAAACAUGAGUUUUGAAAAAAGUUAUUCAUCUUAUGAUUUUCAAUUAUAUUAGAAUUUGGUAUUUAGGAAACGUAAAGUUUAGAUUUUAAGCUGACACAACACUAAAUAUUGUAAAACUGGGUAGGACUACAAUAUAUGCCAAAGUGGUUUAAACUUUAUAUAGGGCCU